GCUCCUCCAUCCAUGAAAGUGAUCACUACAAUUUCAUCGGUGAGUAUGAUGGCAAUAGCCAGAAUGAUGAUGAGAGUGAUGACUCAAUGGCUUCAGACGCCUCUUCUGGGCCAAGUCAUCACAAACUUCCAUCCAGCAGUGAGCAAAAUUUGGGGAUGGAUCAUUACAAGCAUGAAACUAUUAAGUCCACCUCAACAGAAAAACUUCACAAACAGGUGAUCAAAAGGGACCAAACAAGAAACAAAAUUGGGAAGGAAAAGUUAGAGCUUAAAACAAUCAGUGCUGUUAGUCAUGUUCAAAGCAGAGACAGAGCAAAGGUAACCAACUACUUGAGCCAGGAAGGAUAGGAUGGCUGGAUUUCAACUCUUGCUUUGACAAAAUUGGAGAUUUCCUACUCCAUGUUUUAAAGCACAAGCAACUUGCUGAAACACAAACUACUCCACAUACACGAGGUCUAUAGAUUGAUGUCUGUAGACCGAUGCAAACCCAACAACAUACACCGUACAAGGAGGAAGUAUUACCAAUAGUAUUCUAUUUUACUAGUGAGAAGGACCUGUCAUAAAUUGAAGAAAAUGACAAAAAAUAUACAGGUAGGCAGUUUCCUUGGGGCAGCUGAGUUUUCAUUGUUUAGUAUUGUAGCCUUAACAGGUUCUGAAACGGACUGUGGUGUGUGUGUGUGACUUGGUUGGAGAUGAGACACCUAGAAAUGGUUGGAUAAGCACUGAUAACUUAUGAUAGCUGAAGAUAUUUUUAGAUUAUACUUCUGAUUUGAUUUCAAUUUUUAAUGGUUAGUUCAUUACAAUUAUGCAUUUAAUCCAGGAACCAUGUGAAUAAUUUUCGUGAUGGGCGUAGUACACUUUCAUUUUGAAGCACAUAACGCCUGAUAUAUGUGAUUAGCAGACACUAUGCCCUGAAAUACAGAAAAGACCCUAGUCUUCAACAGCUCCUCUAAAUGAGAAAAGAUAUCACCCGUAAGAAGCCCUUCCAAACUCAAAUGGGCUCGAGAAAGAGGAAGAUAGUGGGGGUUUGGGGAUUGUAGAAGCUUGGUGUGACAUCCAACAAAUCUGUUCAAAUAUCUCCUACUCUUUUCCUUAUCCAAGCUGGGAUAUCCUUUGUAAAAAAAGCAAAGUUGCAGAAGUGACGGCCCUGACAUUCUUUUUUAUUACCAAAAAAGACGGAGAAGGCCCAUAUUUUUCUGCCAAUUCUAUUACUUGUCACUUACCAAGACCCAACCAAACCAACCGCCCUUAACAACCAUAGAACCGAAAACAAAAAAUGAACAUCAUCUCAUUAUCCACUCUCUCUUCUCUGGCUCUCUCAUUGUCCCCUAAGCAAUGCUUUCACGUGGCAUCAUCUCCAACUUCCGAACCCCAACCUUCCCUUCACCAACAACAACAACAUGCAAAUACUCCAUCUCCGACGAAGACCUCGAGUCCCGAGGCUUCUUCCUCCGCCGCACCAUCUCCGACCUCAACCUCGACCACCUCAACUCUGUCUUCGUUGCUGUAGGAUUCCCCAGGCGUGACCCAGAAAAGAUUAAGCUAGCACUGGAACACACGGAAUCCAUGCUUUGGGUUAAGUACGAGAAGACCCAGAAACCUGUUGCCUUUGCUAGAGCUACAGGGGAUGGGGUUUUCAAUGCUAUAAUAUGGGACGUUGUGGUGGAUCCUUCGUUCCAAGGAAUUGGGCUUGGCAAAACUGUGAUGGAACGGUUGAUUCAGGACCUGUUGGAGAAAGGUAUUUGUAACAUUGCAUUAUUCUCGGAGCCAAGGGUGUUGGGGUUCUAUAGGCCUCUUGGCUUUGUGGCUGAUCCUGAUGGAAUCAGAGGCAUGGUCUACUCUAAAAAGCAGAAAAAGAAGAAAUAGUUACAGUUGUAAUUUUUUCCUUCAUUUUUUCUUUUUGAAUUCCAAUCUUAUUUAUAGAAUAAUGCUCAACAUUCAAUCAAUAGUUUUGUAUUUCUUUCCUCCAAAAACUUAUCAAUUUCUAAAUUCCAGCAUCAUUGUAUAAGAAAUAAUCCAUUCUCAAAAUAAUUCAUAAUAGAACCAAUUUCAGGCAUAUUUCUUUAAGCAUGGAUACCUGAUUGUAGAGCUGGGAAGUUGUGACUGCUUCAUUAGAUUCCAAGUGUCUGCAAAUUAUUAGUAUAUAGUUGAUUUUUUAGUCUUGCCAAUAUAGUUGUGCAGGGUGGAUAAACCAACAGAUAAAUACCAAUAUAUUAGGAGAAAAUUGCCUCUGAUCGAAACAUUCAACAAUGGUACUAUUCGAAACAGAAGCUUUUAUUUUGAAUGCAGGAGAAUUCCUGCAUUCUCGACCCAGAUACAUCAAGACGCGAAUUAAACCCAUCCAGUAUUGCAACUGCAGCUGCAAAGUAACUUUCUUCCCAAAGAAACGACAUACUGCACUUUCCUACUUGUAUGUUGUAACUGUUUUACCACUUUUGACACCUGAAACAAUAGUUAGAUGCAGAGGUUACAGUUUGCUUGACUUUGUUCCUUGCUGCUGUGUUAUAAUUCCGAGUCUUUUGUAAUCUACAGAAAAUAUUAUGACUAAAGAAGAUACAGCAAGUAAG